GCUAUGUCAGCGUGAUCAUUACACAUGUAUAGGUGUUGUGUAUGUUACAAUAGCUAUGCAUUAACAAACACAAUAUCGCUCGAGUAUUACACUAGGUUAUUGCUUUAUCAGCCAGAUCUUGGUUGGGUAUAAAAGUUUUCCUGUUUAUAAUGAGUUAUCUUAAGUGACAGCUGAGUGUUUUUUUUUGUUGUUGUUGCUCUGGGCAGCCUGAUGUGAGAGAAGGCUAUGGAAGAAGUGAGAAAUUGUUUGAGAAACUUCCCAAAAGAGGCUCGGGAGCUUUAUCUUAAUGAGUCAGUACCUUAUCUGGAUGGGCCGCAGUCCCCUUUACAGUUCUAUCGGGACUGGAUCAGCUCUAAUAAACCCUGUAUCAUCCGCAAUGCAUUUAAUGACUGGCCUGCUUUGUCUAAAUGGAACGCCACCUAUCUCAGGCAGGUUGUGGGCUCAAAGCUCAUCAGUGUUGCUGUUACACCAAACGGCUAUGCGGAUGCUGUUAAUAGAGACCGCUUUGUGAUGCCCGAAGAGCGCCAGAUGACUUUCUCAGCUGUGCUGGACAUUAUAGAGGGCAGAGAAAAGCACGGUGGUGUGUUUUACGUGCAGAAGCAGUGCUCAAAUCUGACCGAGGAACUGCCAGAGCUCACAGGAGACGUACAGGUUCACAUUCCCUGGAUGAGCGAGGCGCUGGGAAAAAUGCCUGAUGCUGUGAAUUUCUGGUUGGGAGAAGAGCAUGCAAUUACCUCUAUGCACAAAGACCACUAUGAGAACCUUUACUGCGUUAUCUCUGGAGAGAAGACAUUUAUUUUAAUCCCUCCCACUGAUCGACCUUUUAUACCAUAUGAACUCUACCAGCCUGCUACAUACAAACAGAAGCAAGAUGGCAGCUUUGAAAUAGUGGAUGAAGAUGAUUCAGAAAAGGUGCCAUGGAUUCCCCUGGAUCCUCUUAAUCCAGACCUAGAUCGCUUUCCGUCCUACAGACAGGCCCAGCCCUUGUGCUGUACAGUAAGAGCAGGAGAGAUGCUUUACCUCCCCUCUCUCUGGUUUCACCAUGUUCGCCAGUCUCAUGGAUGCAUAGCAGUGAAUUUCUGGUAUGAUAUGGAUUAUGAUAUCAAGUACAAUUACUUUCAACUAGUGGAGUCUCUAACCGGAGUUGUGGGUUCACCAUAAAGCUUUGAGCUCUUCAUCAAAUCACCUUCAGAGAGUGAACACUGGACCCAGGGGAGAAAUACACUCUGAAUAGGACAAGAGCGCAACACCAAGUGUAAUUUUUUUCCACCAAUCCCUAUGAGCCCCAUGACAAUUUAGGAGAAGGGAGGAAAUUGGAGAACCCAGACAGACAUGACUCGUACAUGCAACCCUGCAGCAUCCUGAGCUCAGAAUCGAAUCCCGAUCCCUGAAGCUACUUGAUUUGAACUUCAUGACUUUUAAACAUUCUACUCCAUUCAUGCACAACAAAUAACCAGUUUCUGUGUAAUAAAUACAGUUUUAUUAACUA